AUGACCGGGAAACAAGGCGCCGUGCUGUCGGAAAGUUUACACGUAUCGGAGAAAACCUCUCUGGGUGCGAAUGGAGGGAGGAACAGCCACCAGCCGAAGAGCAGCGCGACCCAUCCGCCGCCCAGGUGCACCGGCUUCGGCAUCCAGGAGAUCCUGGGGCUGAAUAAGGAGCCGUCUGCGGCCCCGAGGAGCCCGCUGAGCUCGCUGCCGGCCGCGGCGCACCUCAUCGCCGCUCGGUCCUUCCUGGGCCCCGCCGGCAUGGGGGUGGGAUUAAUCGACCCCUGCAGAAUACCGUCGUUUUACAGACAACCGAUGUUUUUAGAGUCUGUGCUCUCGAGCGCACGAGACGUUCACCUGCAGCCUCACAGCAGGUCCGUCGGGCCGCUGGACACCAGCCAGUCCGCCAGCUCAGACUCAGAUGAUUUGUCUUCAAAUGAAAGAAAACUCUCAAAGUCGUCAGUAAGUCAAAGCAAGAAACGGAAGAAAAGACGUCACCGGACGAUCUUCACCUCCUAUCAGCUGGAGGAGCUGGAGAAGGCCUUCAACGAGGCGCACUACCCGGAUGUGUACGCCCGAGAGAUGUUGGCCAUGAAAACAGAGCUACCUGAAGACAGAAUACAGGUGUGGUUUCAGAACCGCAGAGCCAAGUGGAGGAAGAGGGAGAAAUGCUGGGGCCGCAGCACAGUGAUGGCCGAGUACGGGCUGUACGGGGCCAUGGUGAGGCACUCCAUCCCGCUGCCAGAGUCCAUCCUCAAGUCUGCCAAGGACGGCAUCAUGGAGUCCAGCGCCCCCUGGCUGCUCGUCCAAGAUGGCUUACCGAUCAACUGACGCUAUUCUAAAUCUGAAUCCCCGCAACUCUUUGCAGGGAUGCACAAAAAGUCCACGGAGGCGGUGGUCGUCCCGGCAACGGGGCAGUGUGAUGCGGCCCAGCAGCCGAGCUCUCAGAGGGCGGUAGAAGCCGAGGCGGAGGAGAAGAGGUCAGAGGGCAAGUCCACCAUUUCUAAAGAGGAACUGAGAGAGAACAGCAUUGCUGCACUCAGGGCCAAGGCACAGCAGCACAGUGCCAAAGUGCUGGGGACGGUUUCUCAGGACAGACUGCUGGACGAGCCCCAGGAGAGAGCGGCGGCCGAGGAGAAAGCCGCUGAUCCCCUGAGUCCUGCAGAGGAGGAGAGAAGUCCCUAG